UUGAGCCCUGGUUCCUUGAACUUGGCUCCGUUGGAGCAUGUCCUGCCUUCCUCUGCAGGGGAGAACAGGUCUCCACCCCCUCUGCAUGGCAUCUCCUCAUGUACUAUAUGUCGCCAACAGAUCCCCUCAGAGUCUCCUCUUCUUCAGGUUGAAAAGACCCGAUUCCCUCAGUCUCACCUCAUAUGGCUUUCCCUGCAAUCCGGCCACCAUCCUUGUGGCCCUACACUGCACUGACUCUAAUCCCAAGUAUGUGUAGAAUUGCAGAAUGGAGUUGUAAUCCUACACCCACCUACCUGGUGGACUGAUCAUCUCUGAAACUGGAUAUUGCCUGUUUUCCUUUCUUCUUCCUACUUACCUCAUUUCUGUACUGCUCAAUGGCCAGAACUCUCUGGGCAGUUACAGACUUUGUAUAUAAGUACACCUUGACACAGGGACAUGGUAACACUUUCAGAGCUUACAAGUAGAGAUUUCAACUUGUUUGCAUUAAACUAGCAGCUCAUUUUAACCCAGAUCAUAUUUAAAGCCCGGUCUGAUCGGCUCAUUUGGUGUUGUUUUAAUCAUAAAUUCCAGUUCAUAGAGCUAUUGUUCAAGCAUUGUCAGCGUGGGCAAGCAAAUGUUUAAAACAAGGCUGGGCUUCAGGUGAAUGCACAUGAGAAGCCAGAUGAAGACUGUCGGGCUGCAGGCAGAGAGGCAGGCCUAACAUACCUGUCCUGCAGGGGAGCAGCUGCUUCUCCUUUAUCUGGAAGAGUGAAACCUGGCACAGUUGGAAUGUUGCUGCUUUUUGAUUCCCAGAAUGGCUUCCGAAGGCCCAGUUCUCCUGCACAGCAUGGGCGGCUUACUGCAGAAAUGUUUUUGCAUCCUCCAAGAGCAGCAUGAGGCCUGGAAGAGGGUGACGGCUGCCUGCACACCUCUCCUCGAUUCGCUGGCCAACCUGGCAGAGCAGAUGCGAGCCUCCCAAAGGGUGGUCUUUGCAAGGACCCCACUGGGGGACUUUGUUCACCUGCCGGAGAGGCUGCGGCGGAAGCAGCAGUGCGCCGUGGAGGCUUUGCUGAGGGAGCUGCAGCAGGACAAGCUCCUGGAACUGCAGAAAGUGAGGGAUGCUGUUGGCCUCAGUGUGGCUGGCGUCUUCCUGUUCUAUGGACAGCACAGCAGCAACGGGCACCUGGAGCACCUCCUCCAGCGCUCUGCCCUCUGCCCCUCCUUGGCAGACAUGUUGGAGUGGCUGCGGGACAUUGAGGGGCUGUACCACCGCACAUACCUGGAAGCCAAGCUACUCCUUCAGAUCGGGCACGCAGACCUCGCAGAGGUGCAAGCUCUUCCCAAGGCCUGGGCGCAGGUGCUGCGCAGUGGCCUGCAGGACACUGUGGAAGCUGUGUGAGGAUGUGGACUUGGCCGUGCAGGAACAGGCAGCCUGCAGGAAUCGCUCUUGCUUUGCAGCUGGAAGGUGUGUGCGUCUGAGUUCUGCCCUCUGCAGGCACUUGGGCCAGUGGUGGCCCGUGGAUUCAGUGGCCAGAGACUGCCAGUGACCGUGGACCAUUUCCGCUCGUGCCAGUCCACUUCUGCAACAGUGAACACUGAUGAUGCCCUCAGAGUUCUGCCUACCUCUGCCCAAGCCUUGCUGCAGCGUGUGGUGGAAGCGCUGCGAAGGCCAGCCAAAGGUCUGGGGCAGAGACCCACACAUUGCGCCAGGGGCCCAGCCAGGGCGCACCAGGUUUUGGGGCUGGGCUCCUCCCACAGCUGUGUAGUGCCCUGAAGAUCAGACAGACGGUGCUGCCGUCUGUGCCAUUUGUGCUGCCCCUGACGAGAGUCCUGCCAAGAGACCUUCCAGCUGCCUGCCUGAACUACUGGACUGGUUCGGGGCCAGCGGUGCACAUCAAGGCACAGUGAAUGUUCUCUGUUCUCACUGCACAGCAUUUGUUUCUCUUGUACAGUAAAUAAAGGUUGCAAGGACUG